AUGCAGGUGACAUUCUGCAGACUUCGGACCCACCAGUGCUGUUUCAUUCUGUCUAAUGUCAUCCUAUUUCAUGCCUUGCUUUUUGGGGCUGAUUUUGUGGAAGAAUACUUUCUGCAUGCUUUGCCUUAUGUAGAUAUGAAAGUUCUUGAAAUUAAGGAUCAGGCAAGAAAAUUGAACAUGGAGCCUCUGAGAAGUAAUAUUUCCAAAUAUUAUAUCUUGAGCCAGUCAGAGAUAUGUAAAGGGAAGGAUAUCUUUUUGCUCUCUCUGAUCUUCAGUAGCCCAGGAAAUGGAACAAGGCGUGACCUCAUCAGGAAAACCUGGGGUAACGUGACCAGUGUAUGAGGGCAUCACCUUCUCACACUGUUUACAUUGGGAAUGCCUGUUUUGGUAACUACCCAGCAAGAGAUAGAAGAGUCCCAAAAGAAUAACAAUAUAAUUCAAGGAAUCUUCUUGGACAGUGCUAAGAACCAAAUCUUGAAGAUCACAGUGCGAAUGCAGUGGCCUGUGACCUUCUGCCCUAAUGCCCUGUUCAUUCUCAAAGUUGAUGAUGAGAUGUUGGUCAAUCUACCAAGCUUGGUAGACUAUCUUCUCAAUCUGAAAGAACAUCUUGAAGGUAUCUACGUAGGAAGAGUUAUCCAGCAGGAUACACCCAACAGAGAUCCUAAUAGUCAAGAAUUUGUACCUUUUAGUGAGUACCCAGAAAAGUACUACCCAGAUUACUGCAGGGGUGAGGCCUUUGUUAUGUCCCAAGAUGUGGCUCGGAUGAUGUAUGUGGUUUUUAAAGAAGUACCUAUUAUGGUGCCUGCUGAUGUGUUUGUAGGAAUUUGUGCCAAGUCCAUUGGCCCUAUACCAAUCCACAGUUCAAGGUUUUCUGGAAAAAGGCAUAUCAGAUACAACAGAUGUUGCUGUAAGUUCAUUUUCACAUCCUCAGAAACUAUAGGUGCUGAAAUGCCUCUGGCAUGGAAAAAAAUUAACAGUUGGAAAGAAUGUACACUCUUUGAGACUUAUUAUGGGCUCAUUUCCUGCAAACUUCUGACAUACCUUGACAGCUUUAAACUUUUUCACAUGAGUGCCACAAAAAACAAUGUCAUGUAUUUUGGUGAUUAGGAUUUCUUUUAAAAAUAAUAUGGUCUUUUAAAAUUUCCUCUUACCUUAUAGAAAGUGUCCCUUCUUCCUCAUGUUUUAUGUAGUUUCUCUGAAUCUUUAUUAUCCUUAGCAAGUUGCAAAAUGUUCUUAGUGCUCUGAUGGACUACAUCACAUCAAGAUCUCAUUUUAUGAAAUUUGAGUUGGUCUAGCCUGAUUCUUUUCAAAAUGAAACCUUUCAUCCAGAAAAAAAGAGAACAUAAUUGAAUUAUAACCCAAAGUCCUGUUUCUCUUUGCAAAUGGUGAAUCUUUAAAAACCACAUGCUAUGGAACUGUUGUGAUAGAAUGGUGACUGAUUUUUGAGAAUGCUCAGAAUUAAAGGGAAACACUAAAUAAGCAAUUUGCUAAAAAGAAGGUUCAUUUUGUCUGCAAGCAGGGAACACUAACCUGGGUGGCAGAACUACAUUUAAUUCAGAAGUAUUAGCUACUUGGCAUAUAUUAAUUUGAACCUUACUAGUGUAAACACAUGGAUCUCUUAAUUUUUUUGUAAAAAUAUUUUCAUCAAGUCUUUAUUAGGCAGUGCUUCAGAGAUGGGAGGCAACAAAUUCACAUUUCAUGUUAUAUGUUUGCAUUCUGUAUUAGUUUCCCAGAGAUGUUUUAAGUACCACAAACUGGGUGACUUAAAACAACAGACACUUAUUUGCUUGCAGUUCUAGAGCCUAGAAGUCUGAAACCAAGAUGUUGGCAGGACCCUGCUCUCUGUGAGGCCUACAGAGAAGAAUCCUUCCUUGUUCCUUCAAGCUUCUGGGGGCUGCCACCAAUCCUUGGCUUGCAGAUGAAUCACUUUAACCUCUGCCUCCAUAUUCACAUGGCCUUCUCAGUGUCUGUGACUUCACAUAAUCUUCCUUCUGUGCUGUGUCCAAAUUUCUCUUCUAAGGACACCAAUCAUUGGAUUAGGGUCCACCCCAAUGACCCCAUCUUGAGUACAUCAGCAAGAUGCCAUUUCAAGAUCAGGUCACAUUUGCAGGUAUUGGGGUUUAGGAUUUUGACAUCUUUUUGGGGGAUACAAUUCAACCUACAACACACUUUCUGCUUUCUCUUGUAAAAUGACUAGGCACUAGGUUAGUAAUCCACAUUCUGGGGUUCUUAGGAUUUUAGGUAUUCCCAAA